AUGGCUUCUACAAAUAAGAGAAAUUCUGCAGGGAGAAUUCAAAAUACAUUUUGCCCUGAAGGUGGAGUCCGCAAGCACGGAUUCCUUAUCAAAUCACCACCUCUUCAACUUUUCAGCUCACAGAAUUCCUGGAAAAGGCGUCUUUUCGUCCUGUCCAAAUCCAGCAAGGGGAAUUACAUCCUGAAGUAUCUAAAAGGCCAGCAUGUAAAAGGCUCCAUAGCUGUUGAUCAAAUCAUAAGUAUUGAAGUUGGCAUAAGAAAUUUUGAAAUUAUGGAAACAGUGAGGAAGAUGUUUAAAUGCCUUCCUGAGCAGGUGAUGUCCAUCGGUACUGGAAACAGAUGUUACUACCUCAUUGGGGACAGCAGGCAGGAAACAGAGGACUGGGUGACUCUGAUAUCUUCAGUCUGCAGGGAGGACAAACAAGGUGGAUGCUGCCCUCAGAACCAAGAUCUUCCAAAUCCGGGAGUCAGAAGCCGGCCCUCCUCUUUGCCACUAGUCUUAAAUUCCAUAGAUAUGACCAGUUUCACAGAAAGGCAAAGCUGCCAGAAGGAGAACGGCUGCUCAGAAGACAAGAACAGGCCUUAUUCAGAUCCUGGCCCUCAUCAGGCUCAGUGUGACUCACCAAGAGGAGUGUUUCCCAGCCUGGAUAAAAUUCUGGGAAGAAGUGAGGAAAAUCUGCUGCCAUCAGAUACAGAUGAAAACAUCCAAAAGGAUGAAGAAGAUUAUUACCAAACUCCCAGCAAUAUUUUAGCACAGUGCGCUGCUGAAGUAUCAAAGCCUGACCUUACAGCUGGAACUGAUGUCCCUGUGCAAGAGAAACCAGUGCAAAACAACCCAGUAAAGGAGAACAUUUAUAUGUCAAUGAAAUCACUUAGGUUGCUGGAUGAGAGAUGCCAACUCACAUGCAGACGUGAUGGGCUCCCAUCUCCUCCCAAAUGCCAGGACAGCAGUGCAUGUCCAAGAGACUUGGAAGCAAACAAAGACAUAGAAUUCCCAGAAAGCAGCACCAGCCCGCAGCCAACCCUCCAGAGAAGGCAAAAUUCAUUACCACUUUCAGUGGUUCAGUUGUCUAUACUGCUCAGUCAAGUUACAGAUGAGACCCAGCUGCAGAAGUUGGAUAUUUUUCUACCCCUGGCUGAUAUUAACAGUUACUUAAAAUUUACUGAAGCAGCAGGACGAAUAUGCAUUUCACACUGGACUGGUCCUCACAGACUGGGAUGUUUGUUUAACCAUGGAGAUCAUGUAGUGGCUGUCAAUGAUCUGCAACCCCAGGGUGUGGAAGAAGCUUACUUCUUCAUCAGCAGGUCCACAAGAAAGGAGGUGAAACUUACUGUAUGUAGGAUUCCACAGUCAGAUAUCUUCCAUGCUAAAGGCUGCUCAUGUUCCUGAAAAAAAAAAGACCUCAGUGAUUAAUUCAAAGGCCUGUUUGUGCUGAAUUCUGAAUAAAGGCAGAGGGAAACCCCAGUUCUGGAGCUACAGAGGCUGAAAAUGGAAGAAGAGACAUGGAGGAAGAAGGAGUUCUUCUCCAAAGCUGCUAUGGGACUCCUUUGCUCUGCACUGCUUCUUUGAGUACAGCAAAUCCAUUUCUGCCUAAUGAAUCUCUGAAGGAUUGGAUGGCUGGCUAUCAUUAUACAGGGCUUCUUCCAGCUCUGUAACUGUGUCAGCCUGCUAGGACAGUCCUCAUGGCCUGAACCCUAAAAUCACAGAUCGUCUAGUUCAAGAGUAUUCACCAGGAUGUCAUCCUCAGUCUUUCCUGGCCAAGAUUUGCCUAAGCUCUUCUUCUGAACUUUAGAAAAGGAAAGUCCAAACCUUCUUGUGUUGUUCCAAGACUCAUCUCUCUCUAAAAUUAGGAAGUUUUUUCUACUGUUUAUCCUAGACAUUUUUUCCAGAAAGUUAACCUGAUUUUUCUUGCCUUGUUUUCAGUGGGCAUGGGGAAUAUUUGGAUUUCCACUGUCUUCAGAGGAAUCUUCACUGUGGAAGGUGUUUUUUUCUGCCUGUUCUCCCUACUCUUUUUCUUAGACCAAGUA